UUAUAUUUCUCAGUACUAUCAGAUCGAUCUGAAUCAUCAGUACUAUCGCUCAAACAAGACAAACCGAUUUCUUCUCACCACAUAUUGCAGUGCGAUGUAAAACCCGAAUCAACAUACAUACCGUUUCAAACUUACAUCCAGAGCAGGUGGGCGAAAUUUGCCGAGCCUCACGUGUGCUCACUGAUAGAAAGGGUCAAAGACGUCGAUAUACUGAAAGAAGUGAUCGGUAUUGGGGCCUGGAUCACGUUCAGACGAUGGUUGAAGACGAAAUUGAUGAUAAACCGGAAGCAUCCGUUUACCAAGCGAGUUUUCAAGUCGCAGUCGGACGUUAUGAGCGAGGAAGUCAGACAUUUAUUGAACUAUCCGCAUAUGAUUCAUCCGUUUAGUACUUUUUGUUUGUAUUGGAAUUUCCUGUUUGGUCUCCUCACUCUCAUAUACAUUUUUCAUAUCCUACCCAACGAACUCCAUUAUAUAAUGUGUACAAAAUCGCUGAUGUACCAAAAAAUCGUUAUGGAUUUAUUCAUGACAUGCAACAUAAUUGUCCAUUUCUGGGAAGGCUAUUGGGACACUGAACGCAUGUUUAUCGAGAUGAAACGAAAACACGUCGCCGUUAAUUAUUUCAGGACUCACUUUGUUUGGGAUGUAAUAUCGUGUAUUCCUUCCUGUUACUAUGUAAUACUUCUUAUCGUACCGGUGUUUAGUCAUCCUUAUUUGAGACUAGUUAAAUGGUUGAGUUUGCUAAGACUUACUCGAGCUAUUAGUGUUAGCCAAUCCGUGGACAUUUUUCGAAGGUACUUUGCCAUUCCAGUGGAAAUACAAGUCACUUUGGAAAUAGUUUUCAGAUCGGGCUUUGUGAUAAUAGCCUGUAUGGCUUCGAUGGCUUUUCUAAAACAAUACCGUUACCUAUUUGAACACAUAUCGAGAAAAGCUGACGAAGAAAUGGCUCAACAAGUAAUCUUCGAGACAGCUUUCAUGAUGUUAGGAGUCGGUAUAAGACAUGAUCCCGUAGACGUUGUAGAAGUCAUAGGCGACUGUUGCAUAAUAGGCUUUUCCUUGCUUUUGCAAUAUUGGAUUAUGGGCAAACUCUUUGUCCUAUGGAGACGGUUCCUGUUUUUGACCGAAGUAGGCGAAGAGCAAUUUCAACAGUUGGACGGAUUCAUUCGACACAAAGGCCUGCCGUCCAAUAUCAGAGGCGAAAUUUACCGGUACUACCAGUACAAAUUUCAGAAUCGCUAUCAUAAUGAAUCUGUUAUUGUGAAAGAGUUUCCACAGAAUCUAAGAGCUGAAAUCCCUAACUACAAAAUCGGACACACCUUUCAAAAGAUCAGAUUUUUGCAUUUGCUGCCAAAUCCGGUCAUCAAGUCCUUGGUGGCCAAUAUAGAUCACGUUUACUUUUGUCCGGGUGAUAUCGUAUUUAGAGUGAACACCAAUUCCUAUUGCUUAUACUUUAUUAAAAACGGCACAGUGGCUUUGCAUGAUCAACAUGAUGUCGAAAUUUGUCAUUUAGAAGAUGGCGCUUAUUACGGGGACAUAGCAGUAAUACUAAAGAUCCCGCACGUUGUUACAAUGACAGCAAUAUCUCCGUGCAAGAUGAUAGUGUUGAAGCACAAAGUAUUAUGGAAAAUGUUGGAUCAAUUGCCUGAAAUAAAGGAAAAAUUGUCCGAGUUUUCUAGGAGUUUAUUGAGGAACCGAAAAAAGGAUUGGGUACUGAACCUUAACAAUCCAAGGCGUGGCGUUAUGUUAGCGGAAGAAUCGAGAAGCCAUCACAGAUUACUGGAAGGGAGUCAUAGUUUGAGAAAUUUACAUUCUAUAACUCCGUAUAGAGAAGAAUCGCUUACUUUUGUUUAAAAUUAAUUAUUAGCUUUUUUUUUCUAUUUAUACUUUUGUGUUAUAUUGUUAAAAUAAUUAUUAUUGAAAACAAAAACCUGAAUAGUACCUUCGUUGGAUGUUGGAUGGUUAGGAACAGAACCUUCAUUAUUUUUGAUUUUGAGACAUGUUAGGGAAGGCCAAAACUCAAAACUAAAUAGUGGAAAAAUUUAUUUUAUGGAGAACAUUUAUGAGCUACAAAACGCAAUCUUAAAUAACUAAAUAUGUUCAAAUCAGUUCAACUAUUAACUAUGUUAUAUUAUAAAACAAACUAAACAAAUGAGACAAUAACUAAAUAAAAUAAGUAUAUUAUAGUAUAGGUUAAGGUUUUUAUAUAACUAAACAUCCAGCACAUUGUUACAAUGCCAGCCAACAUGAUAGUGUUAAGGCACACAUGGAAAAUAUUGGAUGAAAUGGUACAAAUCCAGAAAUAGAAAACCGUAUAUAAAACGAAAGUAGAUACAAACAUUGAAAAAAAAAUAUAAAUUAAUAAUAAGACUUAUCCUUUAGAUGCAUUUUCUAUAAGUAUAGAGAUUUUAUCGUAAGCGUAUCGUAUUUUAUCAAACAACCCAGCUAAACAUCCGUGCUGUUCCAAGGUACUAAAUCUAAAAGUACGGAACGAUUUAUCUUCAUCGAUAUAAGUAAUUGCCGACAUUAACGGGC